AUGGCCCCUCCGGGCCCAGCCGGCGCCCACCCCACCUCGAUCGAGCCGUUGUCCCGCAGCAUCUUCCGGAAGUUCUUACUGAUGCUCUGCUCCCUGCUCACGUCCCUUUACGUCUUCUACUGCUUGGCCGAGCGCUGCCAGACCCUGUCCGGCCCCGUCGUGGGGCUGUCGGUCGGCGGCGAGGAGGCGGGGGCCCCAGGUCGAGGCGUCCUGGCCGGAGGCCCGAGGGAGCUAGCGGUGUGGCCCGCGGUGGCGCACAGAAAGCGUCUCCUGCAACUGCAGCAGUGGCGGAGACGCCGUCCUCCCGUGCCGCGAGACGACGGCGACGACGAGGCAGCCUGGGUAGAGGAGACCCCUGGCCUAGCAGCCAGUCCCGGAGGUUCAGGGGCGGGAAGCAGCGUGGCGGAGGCUCCGCCGGGGACCUUGGCUCUACUUUUGGACGAAGGCAGCAAGCAGCUGCCGCAGGCCAUCAUCAUCGGCGUGAAGAAGGGCGGCACACGGGCUCUGCUGGAGUUCCUGCGCGUACACCCCGACGUGCGCGCUGUGGGCGCGGAGCCCCACUUCUUCGAUCGCAGCUACCACAAGGGACUCGCUUGGUAUAGGGACCUGAUGCCCAGGACCCUGGACGGGCAGAUCACCAUGGAGAAGACGCCCAGCUACUUUGUCACGCGGGAGGCGCCCGCGCGCAUCUCGGCCAUGUCCAAGGACACCAAGCUCAUCGUGGUGGUGCGCGACCCGGUGACCAGGGCCAUCUCGGACUACACGCAGACGCUCUCCAAGCGRCCCGACAUCCCCACCUUCGAGAGCUUGACGUUCAAAAACCGGAGCACGGGCCUCAUCGACACGUCGUGGAGCGCCAUCCAGAUCGGCAUCUACGCCAAGCACCUGGAGCACUGGCUGCGCCACUUCCCCAUCGGCCAGAUGCUCUUCGUGAGCGGCGAGCGGCUCAUCAGCGACCCGGCCGGYGAGCUGGGCCGCGUGCAGGACUUCCUGGGCCUCAAGCGCAUCAUCACCGACAAGCACUUCUACUUCAACAAGACCAAGGGCUUCCCCUGCCUCAAGAAGGCCGAGGGCAGCAGCAAACCCCACUGCCUGGGCAAGACCAAGGGCAGGACCCACCCCGAGAUCGCCCAGGAGGUGGUGCAGCGGCUGCGCGAGUUCUACCGGCCCUUCAACUUGAAGUUCUACCAGAUGACSGGGCACGACUUCGGCUGGGAUGGAUAA